GUCAGGACUCGACAUGUUGCGCGACUCACUCCUGAAGAGCUAACACAUAUAUCUCACAAACCACAAUGGCUUCGAUACUGCGGCAGAUUGUGGCCGGCCCACGUGCUAGGCACGCUGAAGCUGGUCUUGACCUGUGCUAUGUCACAGACAACAUCAUUGCCACAUCAGGUCCCAGCGGCACCUACCCACAGCGCGCAUACCGAAAUCCACUCGAUUCCCUCGUAAAGUUCCUCGACUCGAAACAUGGUGAAGACUGGGCGAUAUGGGAGUUCCGUGCUGAAGGCACUGGCUACCCAGACAGCGAAGUCUACAACCGCGUAUAUCACUACCCGUUUCCUGACCACCAUCCACCCCCCUUCGCUCUCAUACCGAACAUCAUGGCCAGCAUGCGCAACUGGUUGAAGGCGAAAGAGGGACGUGUAGUCGUCGUGCACUGCAAAGCCGGCAAGGGUAGAUCGGGUACAGCUAGCUGCAGUUACCUGAUGAGCGAGGAAGGCUGGCCUAUGGAGCAGGCUCUACAACGGUUCACCGAGCGGCGCAUGCGACCUGGCAUGGGUUACAAGGGGGUCAGUAUCCCAAGUCAGCUGCGGUGGCUGACAUAUGUGGAUCGCUGGGCGAAGCAUGGCAAGAUGUACGUGGAGAGGCAGGUCGAAAUCCUGGAGGUGCACUGCUGGGGCCUAAGAGAUGGCGUCAAGAUCCAGGUUGAAGGCUUCGUCGAGGACGGCAAGCUCAUCAAGAACUUCCACACAUUCACAAAGGAGGAGCGAGAAAUCGUCAGAGGAGAGGUCAAGACAACAGGCAUGGCUCAGGCAGUGCAUGAGGUCAUGUACAAGAAUGGCCUUAGCGGGUCAUCCGGCAAGGCCAAUGCACAGCAGGACGAUAACAAGGAUGACUCGAAGAAUACCAGCAGAUCUUCGCUGGAGGUACCGCGAAACGCAGGCGGAGCCGCUGCCUCUCAGACCGGCUCGAAAGAAAGCCUUCUCCCAGGCACCGGCGAUGUCGUCUUUCGACCUUCGAAGCGCGUCGUGCUACCUACGAACGAUAUCAACAUUGACGUCGAGCGCCGUAACAAAGCUGCGUUUGACCUCACGAUGGUCACUGCAGUCGCACACGUUUGGUUCAAUACAUUCUUCGAAGGCAAUGGCGCGGAGAAGAACGGCACGGCAGACGAGUCUGGCGUAUUUGAGAUUGACUGGGAUGCGAUGGAUGGCAUAAAAGGCUCGUCAAGAAAAGGCACACAGGCUUUUGAGCGCAUCGCAAUCGUAUGGCGUGCGCUCAACGCCGAAGAGGGGCGGCCUGGCGUUGUCAUCACAGAACCAAAAGAAGGCGAGGAGGUCCACCAAACAGGCCCCACAGACUGGAAGGGCACAAAAGGUGUCGAGCCAAGCGAGGGCAAGGACCUUGGCCUGCGCUCCUCAAGCCCGGAUGACUCAGAGGUCGAAAUGAACAACACAGAUGCUAUCAAGAGCGCCAACGAGCAGAACAAGACUACAGUAAGGGUACCUGGCCGUAGGAACAGUGGAGAAAGCAACGACAGCGAUACCAAGGACGUUCGAUCACAUGGUCCUAACGGUGAGGAAGUUUUGCAAUACCCCAUGCCCACGAGAACCAGUAUGGAAGCGAGCGGGAGUGGCAGCGGCCCGCAGACGACCGCCUCACAACCUACACUGCCAAGCCAGGUUGACGGUGCCGCAACGGUGGGGUCAAGGCCGUCCUCAGAAUCGCACAGAGGCACACGUCACGUUGGAAAGCUUAUUGAUAACGUGAAGUACCACGUCUCCGGCGCUGCAUCGACCAGCGAAUUGCCUGACGGGAGACCAGAAGCUGAAAUGAAGGAUGCGAAAGAACAUCAACUUGGACAUCUAGGGAAGAGCAAGCUGUCGAAUUGAGGAGCCAGGAAAAGACCAAAGGGGCGCGUGACCGUAGUGCAGCGGGUUGUAGGACGAGGCUCUGGUCAUCGAUGAGUUAGGCAAGUUGUUGUCGAAAUGCAGUGCAGCGUAUCGGGUCGGUGCACGAAGCAUCAACGUGUAUAUGCUGCAGCUUGCAGGAUGCAUACAAGAGGCGUUGAGCACCGUGGCGCACAUGCUAAUAAACACGAGAUCAGUUUAGCUUCUACAAUGGUUGAGAGGGGCCUGUUUUGCUAUGCUUUAGAUAUA